GUUUUAAAGCGAGUGGGGGGGCAAAACAAUCCGUCUCCAUGGAAACUAGCUCAGCCUUCGGCCAGAGAGACUUCUCAAGUAGGGAGGGAUUUACCCCGCUCGAAAGAACAUGCCUGGAAGUUUAGGGAAAAGUUCCAGGUAUUACCGGCAAAUCGAUGAGUUUUCCCGUCGCUAUGUGUGUUUGUGAGAAACGGAACAAAAUGGCACGGAUAGCGGCAUAUUUCGUUCAGGCGAGGGAGCCCCUAGGAGGAGAUGACUGCCAACAAAAGCUCCAAAGCUUCACAGAGAACAGCAGAAGGGUCUAAAGGCCCACAGGAUAACUUGGACAGGUGUCAGUCUGUGUCUUCACCACUUUCUACUGGAAAAGAGCCAAGUUCUUCUCACCUCAGUGGCGGUGAGGACAGUCAGCCGGGAAGGUACGCAAAAGCUGACUCUAAACUUUGGAGCCAAAGGAACUGGAGCUGUAAGACAGCCAGUCUAAGAAGUGGUUUCUCACUCUCCACUGACUUUGAAUGUCAAACCAGGCUCACCAAAUCUCGGAGCAUCGCGUGUCUGGACAAGAAGCUCACCAUCCAUAAGCCAUCAAGUAGAGACAACCAGGAGCAGAAGGAGAACCAGCCACAACAAGGCCCCCUUGUGGGGGAUGGACUGAAUACUGGUCCACUCAGCUGGAGUACCCUUUCCAUAGGACCCACCACCAACCUUGGGCACAAACGCACACUCUCACUCAGCUGUACUGGAACCUCCACUUCAUCCGUCCCCAUACGCAAAAAAAUCUCAGAAUGGGAGGGUCGGAAUGCGGCUCUGCCUAGAAUGAGCCUUUGCUUGGAGAAGAGGCCUGGAGGUGGCAGUGAGGGUUGCCCAAGCCUGCUGUCCUCACCCUGCAGCGAGAAAACCUUUGACUUUAAAGGUAUGAGGAGGAUGAGCACAGCAUUUUCAGAGUGUUCCUACCCCGAGACUGAGGAAGAUGAACGUGCAUCUGAUAGAGAAGCUCCUGUAAGAUUCCAGAAGAGACCUUCAAAGGCUGAGUCCUCAGGGAUUUUCCUGCGUACGCUCUCUGCGCGUAAGGAGACCUCAGCCGUCCUCAGUCGGAUACAAAAGAUUGAACAAGCCUUGAAGGAAAGGCCCUCUCCGUCACCACCGCAGUAUCUUAGCAAUUGUUAUGGUCUUGACAAGUCCAGACAGAAGUCUUUCAAUAUUAGUGGAACAGAAGAUUUAGACAGCACUUGUGGCAGCAAGCGGAGCAGCAUCUGCUCCGUGGCCACUGAGCCUGAAGCUUCUCCAGGCUCUGAAAGACUCUCAAAGCUCAGGCAGAGGUUUAGCAUCAGCUCUAUGAGGUCUGAGAGUCCAGAACUCCCCUCUGCACAGGACUCUUCUGGACCCACAGUGAACCCUUUGCCUAAGCCCAAACGAACAUUUGAGUAUGAUGCCAACCGGAACAACAGGGGCUUGAUGCCCAGUAAUGGACUACCUCCCACCACUGAAUCUCCCCCUCCACUUCCCUCAACCCCGGCACCUGCUGUAAUGAGAAAUUCCAAGACUGACGAAAGCUUGCCUAGGAAGACUCAAGAUAGAGAAUCUUGUGAGUCAGAGGAUGCUCUCAGCCUGCUGUCCUCGUACCCUUCCUCACCCACAGAGAACGGCACAGCCUCCACAGAGAACCACAGUCGGCCCAGCUCCAAGAGCACACUGGAGGAGAACACCUAUGAGGACAUAGUGGGUAAGAACGAGAAAGAGAAUCCAUAUGAGGAUGUAGAUCCAGUGAGGAGAUUUCUGGUCAGAAAUUCCCGCCUGUUACCCGAGAGGUCUCGGGACUCGCUCAACAGGAUAUGGACCUCCCAGGACAGGAAGUCCAUUAUGCCUCCCCAGCUGCCCUCUAAACCGAGCAGUCAGUCUCUGCGGUUGCCAGGUCCUUCAGACAGAAAGAGUCAGCGCCCAUCCCGCCUGUCUAAGAGGCACAGCCAUGAUGACGUGCUGCUGCUGCCCCAGCUGGGCAUGCCUUCCUCCCCCUGUGGCCUAUUAGAUGACAGCCUGAGCCCUACCACUGAGACCCUGGCCUCCCUCAGACACAAACGAGUCCCCAAGGUGGUCCAAAGAAUAAACUCUAUCUACUGUACAAAACGAGGCAAGAAAAGACUAAAGAAGCUUUCACUUUCCAGUAUGGAAACAGCAUCUCUAAGAGAUGACAACAGUGAGAGUGAAAGCGACUCUGACGACAGGUUCAAAGCUCACACUCAAAGGCUACUGAAGCUGCAGUCGAUCCUGAGCCGUGCACCCAGUUACAGGACGCUGGAGCUGCAGUUGAUCGAGUGGCAGGAAAGGGAGCUCUUUGAGUACUUUGUGGUGGUCUCGUUGAAGAAAAAGCCCACCAAAAACUCUUAUACUCCAGAGGUCACCUACCAGUUUCCAAAGUUAGAGAGACUCACCAAGCAGAUGAGGGAGGCUGAGCAGAGACUCAAGGCUAUCCCACAGUUCUGCUUUCCAGAUUCCAAAGACUGGAGCCCCGUGUCUGAAUACAACAGUGAGACCUUCUCUUUCAUGCUCACUGGAGAAGAUGGCAGCAGACGGUUUGGGUAUUGCAGGCGACUUCUGCCUAGUGGGAAAGGACCUCGCCUUCCUGAAGUGUAUUGUGUCAUCAGCCGGCUGGGCUGUUUCAACCUGUUUUCCAAGAUCCUGGAUGAAGUGGAGAGGAGGAGAGGGAUCUCAGCUGCUUUGGUGUACCCUUUUAUGAGGAGUGUGAUGGAAUCUCCUUUCCCAGCACCAGGCAAAACCAUAAAAGUCAAAACCUUCCUGCCUGGAGCAGGAAAUGAGGUGAUUGAGUUAAGGAGGCCCAUGGACUCCAGACUAGAGCACGUGGACUUUGAAAGUCUGUUCUCCUGUCUGAGCGUACGACAGGUGGUCCGUGUUUUUGCCUCCCUCUUGCUGGAACGCAGGGUCAUCUUUGUGGCUGACAAGCUCAGUACUCUUUCAAGCUGUGUUCAUGCAGUGGUGGCUUUGCUGUACCCGUUAUCCUGGCAGCACACCUUCAUCCCUGUGCUACCCACCGCCAUGGUGGACAUCGUCUGCUGUCCCACACCUUUCCUAGUUGGGAUUCUCUCCAGCUCGCUGCCCAAGCUCAAGGACCUGCCUGUGGAGGAGGCUUUGAUGGUGGAUUUAGGAACAGAUCGCUUCAUCAGACAGAUGGAUGACGAGGCCUCUCUGUUACCACGCAAACUUCAGGCCGCUCUGGAACAAGCUCUCGAACAGAGGAAUGACAUCAUCAAUCAAGACUCAGACAGCGAAUCAGAUGAAGAGUGCACCACCACUUUAAACAGUGUGGUAUCAGAGGCCUUCAUCCGCUUUUUCCUGGAGACUAUUGGACACUAUUCGUUGUUUCUUACCCAGGGCGAAAGGGGCGAGCGCAUCUUCCAGCGUGAAGCCUUCCGCAAGUCUGUGGCAUCUAAAAGCAUCCGUCGAUUCCUGGGUGUCUUCAUGGAGUCCCAAAUGUUUACUGGAUUUAUCCAGGAUAGAGAGAUGAGGAAGUGUAGGGCCAAAGGUCUAUUUGAGCUGAGAGUGGAACAGUAUCUUGAAGAGUUACCAGACACAGAGCAGAGUGGAGUCAACAAAUUUCUGAAGGGUUUAGGCAAUAAACUAAAAAAUGUUUUAUCGUGAAACCAAAUCCUGUGGAUGUUUUCUACUGUUCCUACAUCUGAAGACCUAACAUGGCUAAGUCAUGUUUGCUGACAUGCCUUAACGUGCCUGUUGAACUCUGACAUUCAUCUUUUUUUUGUACAUAUUUAUUAAAGCUGUGCUGUUAAUCUCACGUGUAGCUCUUUUGUUAGCUUUCCAGGUACCUUGUAUGUGACACUAGAGUAAUAAUAGGAUGGUACUUGAGAGUAUGAAUGGUUAUGUUGUAAUAUAACCUCCACCUUAGAGAUAACUGUGUCGAGCUGUAUGAGAUUGUAUGAAUGGAAACUUACGAGAGGUGCAUGUACAGUGGCUGUGUAGUAUUUAACGCUAGAAAUUCUCCAUGAACUGUAUUUUGUACAUUUAUUAACACAUGAAGAGUAUAAUUACCUUAUUUGCAGUGUUUUAUAAAUAAAAUGAAAGCAACAAUAAAGCUUUUCUGUUAAUUCAAAUCGAA